UCUCUCGUGUUCUUGUUUACUUUAUUCUUUACACACACACACACACACUCCCCCAGCUCGUUCAGUUGACGCAAACACACCAUCAAUAUGAUACUGUGGAAAACGAAGGGCAUGUAGCAGCAAUAUGCGCCAAAGGUUAAACCGGUAGUGGCUUUUGGUUUAGUUGUAAGUUCUAAGAGACAGAGACAGAGACAGAGAAAAGCAUAAACACAGCACAACAGUGUGCAGGUGAAACACGGAGAGAGAGAGAGAGAGAGAGAAGAAUGUAUUCGGAUUUUGGGAUACCGAGAGAAUUAUCCGAUCUCCAAAAGCGUCGAUCUCAAUAUCAACCAGAGCUGCCUCCUUGCCUGCAGGGGACUACUGUCUGUGUAGAAUUUGGUGAUGCCACCACUGCUACAGACUCCUCUGACGCGCACACCAUAAGUCGAUCCUUUCCACACAGUUAUGGUCAGCCUUUAGCUCACUUUGUUAGGGCAACUGCCAAGGUCCCUGAUGCUCAGAUAAUUAUUGAGCAUCCAGAAAUUAGGGUUGGAGCAGUUUUUUGUGGCAGACAAUCUCCUGGGGGACAUAACGUCAUAUGGGGCCUUCACAAUGCUCUCAGGAUUCACAACCCUAAUAGUACUUUGCUUGGAUUUCUGGGUGGUUCCGAAGGCUUAUUUGCACAAAAGACUCUUGAGGUCACAGAUGACAUUCUUGCAACCUACAAAAAUCAAGGCGGUUAUGAUAUGCUGGGAAGAACGAAAGAUCAAAUAAGAACAGCUGAGCAAGUCAAUGCUGCGCUCACUGCUUGCAGAGAUUUGAAAUUGGAUGGCCUUGUCAUUAUUGGAGGGGUCACAUCAAACACAUACGCUGCUCAACUUGCCGAAACUUUUGCAAAAGUAAAAUGCCCAACUAAGGUGGUUGGGGUUCCAGUUUCUUUGAAUGGAGAUCUCAAGAACCAAUUCGUUGAAACAAAUGUUGGUUUUGAUACCGUAUGUAAGGUUAAUUCCCAGCUUAUCAGCAAUGUCUGCACAGAUGCUUUUUCAGCAGAGAAGGUAAUUCUCGGGGAGGAGGUGGCUGCAUCAAAGCUAAGCCUCUUUGAACUAACAAAACAACUUUGUGAUGCAGUACAAGCCCGGGCAGAACAAGACAAGUAUCAUGGUGUCUUCUUAUUGCCAGAGGGGCUUAUAGAAAGCAUUCCUGAAGUCUAUGCUCUCCUGCAGGAAAUUCAUGGUUUGCUCAGGCAAGGUGUUGCUGUUGAUGGUAUUUCUUCUCAACUGUCACCUUGGGCAUCCGCUUUGUUUGAUUUUUUGCCACCCUUCAUUAGAAAACAGCUGCUUCUCCAUCCCGAAUCAGAUGAUUCUGCUCAGUUAUCCCAGAUUGAGACAGAGAGACUCCUUGCUCAUCUUGUGGAAAAAGAAAUGAUCAAGCGAUUUAAAGAAGGAACAUACAAGGGGAAGAAAUUUAGUGCUGUCUGCCACUUCUUUGGCUAUCAAACUCGGGGAUCAUUACCUUCAAAGUUUGAUUGUGACUACGCGUAUGUUCUCGGGUAUAUUUGUUACCAUAUUCUCGCAACUGGUCUGAACGGAUAUAUGGCAACUGUAACUAACAUGAAGAAUCCUUUGAACAAGUGGCGUUGUGGAGCUGCCCCAAUAACGGCAAUGAUGACUGUUAAGCAUUAUUAUGGUCAUGGUCCUGGGGUAUUAUCAGUUGGGAAACCUGCUGUGCAUCCUGCUACUGUGGAUUUGAAAGGCAAAGCAUAUAAGCAACUGAGACAAAAUGCAACAAAUUUUUUGAUGGAUGAUGUUUACAGAAACCCAGGACCCCUUCAGUUUGAUGGUCCAGGUGCUGAGGCUAAGGCUGUAACUUUAUGCAUUGAAGACCAGGAUUACAUGGGUCGUAUCAAAGCAUUGCAAGAAUAUCUUGACAAGGUGCGGACAAUGGUGAAACUAGGGUGUUCAGAGGAUGUUCUGAAAGCAGCUUUGAGCGCCAUGGCAGCUGCGACAAAUAUUCUCUCAACCAUGACCGAGAACACACCUUAUUAGAAGCAGCAAAUAAUGACAAAGAUUAAAUCUGCUGCAGUGGCAAGAUUGUAAAGUAUAAUUUUUGUGAGUCAUGAACUUAAACAAAGAGAUGCAGGAACAUGUCGUAUCAUUUCAGUAAACUGAAAGUUGAAUAGUAGAGGAGGUAGGUCAGUAGGUGGUGUGUUGAUAAUGAAAUCACACAUAUCUGCAGAUGUCUGGGUGGCUGGGGCAUUUGGUGGCUUCGAUAAAUUCGCCAAGGGCCAAAAGAAUACCUUCCAAAAUGGUGGAGUAUGUUUGUGUAUGCAAUUGCAAAACAAAGGUGUGAAGCGAUGAUUAUUUAUUAAUUACUAAAACCACUCGCAUACAAUCAAGAAUCAAGGCCGGCCUGCCUCAUUCGACAAACCAACUUAUGAAUGAAGACAGGACCAAAGCCAAACACCAGAAGAGUGCGUACGUGGUUGGGUUUGGGCGCUCUUUUGUGCUUCUUAUUUCACUUCACGGAUGGUGAUAGUUUCUGCUCGCACAAGGCUGUGGCUGUGUUGAAGGGUUUUCUUGUUCUUAAUUGUUAUAGUAAAUACAGCAGCUUAUAUAUACAUGUGUGUGUCACCAAUAACACCUAUCUACUAAUUUUCCUUUCAUCUUUAGCUCCUUCAAUUGAUAAUUUGGUUUUUAGGAGAAUCUAAG